GUGGUCACGUGACCGCUCCUCCACCCGUCACAACAAAGAUGGCGGCCGCGGUGAAGACGCCGAUCAGCGGAGCAGCAGCUUCUCUCUUUCUCAUCCUUCUCUUCUCAGUCCUCUCUUCGGCUCAAAGUUACUUCAGAGGAGAAACUACCAGAAGAAACUUGUCGGUAGAGCUGAACCCCGGCUGGCCCUCGCCCUCCUCGCGGCCGCCCAAUGGCGAGCUGCUGCAUGUGAGAGCCGUGGGAGACAACGACACGCUGCACUUCCUGUUCUGCAGCCAGGGGGCGCCGACGCUGCUGCUGGUCCACACCAACACCAGCUCUUCUUCUCUCAAGGUGAACUGGAAGGAGUUUGUGUCCCGUAACGUCAGCGGCAGCCUGAAGGUGGAGCCGGAGAGCAGCGUCCUGUACAGCAGCGCCACCGUCUUCAGCAGGCUGUUGGAGUAUGAUGACGUCAACAACACGGCUGAGCCGACCUCUGACCUCUUCCCGCCCUACGAGCUGGGGAGCUUCCUCUGGUCCCGUCUCGUCCUAUCAGGGCCCAGCGCCCGGCUCUGUGGCGUUGCCCCCGACAACGCCACCUUCGCCAACGGCUCGCUGUGCCUACAGCUGUCUGUGUUUGGGGAGGGGGGGCGGGCUGAGUCGUGGCCCCGCCUCCUGCACACGGCCAACUCCUCCCAGGUGGAGGUAUGGCUGGAUGGCGUGUUGCCGCGGGCAACGCAGUCACGCUUCCUGCUGGAGCUGCAGGCGGUGGGCGGGGCUUAUCGUCCCAGCAGAGUGGAGGUCCAGCGCUCCAUAGACGACGAAUUCACACCAUCUAUAUUCAAGGUGUCCCGGUGGCUGUCCUCUGAGAACGGCAGCUCUGAGAUUUUGGGGUUCCUGCAGUGGAAGCCCGUGGCGUCCCGGGGGCGGGACUCGUCCGUGGAGAACGCCACGCCGUGUCAUCACUCGGCACCGCGGCCGCAGAGCAGCGAGGACACGGCGAGGGCGUCCGGGCUGGUCCGGGCGUUCUACGCAGAACCUCAGACGGUCGGACUCAACGUGAGCUUCGGCCUCGCCGGCGACCCCUUCUACAACAGCACCCGGUUCCUCCGCUGGACAGUGCUGAUUGGCUCCGGCUCUCCUCCCGUUGAAUCCUUCUCCCCGCUGGUCCUCGCCAUCAUGGCGGUCGGGCUGGGAACUCCCAUGAUCCUCCUGGUUCUGGGCGGAGUCUACGUCUGCAUCCGGAAGAGGGUGGCGGUCACGGCGGCGGCCUACCAGCCAAUCAACUGACGGAGGCGGUUUUUAAAAAGACUGCUGAUGGACAGAAGAUACUUUUUGACAUUUUUCUUUCCGUCUCGCGUUUUUAACGGAAACUCGUUCAGAUAAUAAUCCUUUAAAUGAUUAUGUUAAAUGUAAUCAGCUGGAGAUCUCUGCUGAUGGAUCUGGGAACUGUUUGUUGUCAUGUUUAAUAAUUUGUGUUUUUAAGAGUUUUUUUGACUUUGAUUAAAGAAUGUUUGAUUCAU